GUAGUACUGUGGGGAUUUGGCUCGGUGUUUCCUCCCCUCUGCAGGUGCUUGUGAGCUGACAGGACGCGCGUCUCUAAGUGUCAUCGGAUGUAUGUUUCCUGUGUGUUGUGUAGGCUUGAUUUGGGAUUAUUGUGAGGUUAUCCGGAGAUACAUCAAGGGCCGGCAAGAAGGAAAAUAUUAUACUAUAUCUGGCAAAACAAGUUAUGGAGAUAAGGAUAUGAUUGUAUUUUGGAGAGCAUUAAUGAUAAAUAAGGGAGUAACCUAUGGUUUUUAUUGUACAGUGUCUUACACUUUGAUAUCUUUAAUGUAUGUUGUGAAGUUUCCCUGCGAUGAACCCCGAUGAUGUUGAUGACUGUUUACAAUGUAUCUUAUGUUUGUGUUCAGACAGUCUAACAUUUUUCAUUUGUGCAAAGUGUUCGAUUAGUUUUCUAUCUGACUGACAUUUUUGACGGAUAUUAAAAUCAGUGGAUCAUGGAUGCUAUGCUGAAAUCUCUUUAUUGUGAUCUCAAGCAGAUGAUGGUGGAUGUUUUACCCACAGAAGUUGCGGAUUUGAGCUCGCUGCGAUCGUGUCCGGAGUCCGACUCAGACAGUGAUGACUUUCUCGAUGGAAUCUCUCUUAUGUCCAGUGAAGAUAUCGAUGUGUCAAGCAUGGACAGAAUUGACCCGGGUCCCUCGGUGAUUGUGAUACCGGAGCCUGGAAUCCUGUCUGACCUGAUCAGUGAGAGACUUCACGCUCUGGCUGACGACUACAGUGAGGAACCCUCUCUGGAUCAAUGUGCCAAAUUCUACCAGGAGUACAGGGAUGAUGUCGUGGCUAAUGAACGUCUUCUCUCUGACUCUUCUGACAGCAUGGACACCGAUGAGGAAGAGUAUGUCCAGCGAAGGAAACUCAAGAAACGUGUCCGAUGGAAAUCUAAUCUUUCAGUGGAUGCCUGCGAACAGCAGACCAAGAGCAAUGGCAGACAAGAGGCAGCAGAGGCGUUAUUGUGCAUGGAGUCCCCAACCUCAGAGAACAAAACUUUCCUCCAGGGGAUAUGUCAGCCUCAACAUGCAUCCUUACCCCCCAGUCCUGACAGUGGAUAUUCAGAUGACUACUCAGACGAAAAACUCAAAUUCAGCACAUACUUGGGCCACACCUCUCAACAGUCACCAUCCAUUGUGGCACCACCCUCAGCAUUCAUCCCCCCAUACUGUCAGCUGGCCCUCCAGCCCCCACCCGCUCAUCAGCCCCUCCCAGCUCAUUUCAACUCCUCCACACACAUUGCCAUGAGGCCAGAACAUAACUUGUACCCAUCAUCCAGUCCACUGCUAGCAUCUCCACGAAUCCCCUCACAUAGCGAAACGUGCCACACCCCCACAACGAACUCCCCACCCUCAUCCCCCAUACGACAUAAAAGCAAGAAAGGAAGGAAACCUAAAAAUCCAUUGGAAUGUCCCAUCAAUCAGCCAAAAAGGAAGCGAGAAAGUUCCACAACAUAUCUCUGGGAAUUCCUGCUACAGCUUCUACAGAAUAGGGAAACCUGCCCCAGAUACAUCAAGUGGACCAACCGGGAAAAGGGGAUCUUCAAACUGGUCGAUUCCAAGGCUGUCUCCAAACUCUGGGGGCUCCACAAGAACAAACCUGACAUGAACUACGAAACGAUGGGUAGAGCCUUACGGUAUUACUAUGCUCGAGGGAUUCUAAAUAAAGUGGAUGGGCAGCGUCUAGUUUAUCAAUUUGCUGAGGUUCCAAAAGCAAUCUUGGAGAUCGAUUGUUCAAAUGUGUGAAGAAAACACAAACAUUCCAUAUGGACAAGAUUUCUCCAUGCGCUCCAGACAUGAUGGGUUAUUAUAAGUGAUAAAGGCCCUAGUUUUCUGGUUUGAGACUGUACCAUUGUAGAAACAGAAGCUGGUGCUAUCCUUUCCCGAGCUUGGAGCUGUUCUGUAUCUCAGGUGUCCUGUCUAUUGGGUUCCUCCUUAUGAUGCUAGUCUGUGAAGCAAGAUUCAAGUCAACGAACAUUGAUGCUGUCCGGGAGGGGUGCCUACCUCUGCCGUGACCGGGUCUGCUGGAUGUGAUCCAGUGUUGUGUGAUAGGGACACACGGAGACUGUAAAGGACUUCUACAAUCCUAGUAGAACUGUUCCCUAGCUGUGUGAUACUGUGAAUUCCAAGUGUGUAGACUGAGUGUGCCAUAUUGUGUGAGAGAGAUAGCAUGUCUGUGUUUCUGUGUGUGUGUGUGACUUUCUCUGGACCAAAUCUGUUCCCACUGUGUGAUCCUGUGUUUGUCCAGUGUGCUGCUUUGUCACAGCAUCUGAAUCAUAAUAAAGUUAUGAUGAGAGAAGCAAAGGCUAAGCUUUAAUUGAUGUUUGUACAUAAUUCUGAUUGUACCCUCUAUUUCUUGGUUUAUGAGAUGUUUUGGUGUGUUUUAUAUGUAGAGCCACCACUGGACAUGAACGGGACGUUCCUUACAUUCCUUAUUCUGACCACUAUACCUUCCAAGUUUUUGUCUGUUAUAUCUUUUUGUUAUCUGUUAACUGAUUGGAUACUGACAAGAGCAGGGCAUUCUGGGUUUUAGCACACAUUUUACAAUGAGGAUAGAUAUUAGAUAGUGUUAUUUUAUAAAUGAACUGUAUUUUAAUAUACAAAUCUACAUCAGGCAUUAUUGAUGUAAAGGCUUGUAAUGUAUGUGCCUCUAAACUGAGAUUCCUAUUUUUAUACUGUUUAUGGGUGGUUGUUUGGGCCAUUCCUGUUUGUUAAUUAUCAGGAAAUCUGUGUAUUUAUCAGCUAAACUGUCUUUGUACGACAGAUCAUUGAUUUUACAUCUUGUUGUUUUAAAAUAUUUAACAAUAAUAUUGUUGAGAAAUUAUCAACUUGGCUAUCUAAAAUUUAUUAGCUUUUCCACACAUGAAAUGUCAUGGAUAAUAUCAUUAAAAUGUGAUAAUAUGUCUGACAAAUAUUGUGCAAAAUGUUCUUCAGAUUUAGAUCAUCAAGAUUUGGUUAUAAAAGAUCCGUAUCUGUAAGACUGCUGUCUACAAACUAACUGCUAAAAGUGCAAUUUCAUAAAAUGGAUGUUUUCGAGUUGUCAGCUUUUGUAACUAUGCUAACAGAACAUUAUGUAAGAUUUAAGUGUGGUACUCUGAAUCCAUUUCCUGGCAUAUCUAGUUCAUUUUCCAGUGCCUUACUUCUAACAAUCAAUUGUACUGGUCUUCUGUGAGUACCAGUAUGCAAUCAAUAUUCCUGAUUCUCUUUUAAUUAAAAAAAAAAAUCGCUAAUUAAUACAGACAACAUGUAAUAUAUCUGAAUAUUUCUAUAGUUUUAACAUGAAAUUUGAUUUUGCAUUAACCAAAUAGAAUAAUUCCCAAAAGUAAAUACUUUUUUGUUGCACAAAAGUAAAAUAUCAUUACCAAAGAGUAGAAGCCAUUAAGUUUUUGCUGGGUUUGGCAGCGUUAAAUUGUUGCUCAAUAUUCAGACUUGUCAGGCAGGGCCAGUCUGUGUUGUUGUAACUGUGUGAUCUGUUCUUAUGUCAGUUAUCUAUUAAAAUUUCCUGUUUUACCUUAA